AUGGCUGAACUGGCCAUCCGACCCUACGACAAUACAAGUGACUUAGCUGCAGUAUCAGCCCUCUGGCAGCAGGCUGUCCCAAAAUACCCUAUUUCCCCACAGCAUCUGGAAGAGCUUCUGGUCCUGCGCUGGGGGUCGCACUUUGUGGCCCUCAUUCCAAACACCGACGACUCGCCCGCCUCACCUCGUAUUAUCGGGUUUGUUGCCACUUACACAGAUGUCCCAGGGGUGUCAGGAUUAGGAUCAGGGUCACCUGCAUACCUGCCGGUUAUUAUAAUCCAUCCCGGUUUCCAGGGGAAAGGCCACGGGACAAAGCUGCUGCAGCACGCGAAGGAUCAUUUGGGAAAAUCGUUUGAGACGAUCAAAGUGACCUCGUCUAUUCCUAGAUUUUGGUCGGGGGUUCCAACAGAUCUGAGUCUUAAGGACCAGGAAUUUUUCGCCAAGAGAGGCUUUAAGGAGACUUCCAGAGUGAAGGAUUUCUAUCAGCCGCUGGCUACAUUCAAAUCACCACAGCAUAUACUGGACCGCGCCGCAUCUAAUGGCAUUACAUUUGCGCCUCUGACAGCGUCGGGCGCGGAGGAAUGCCUUGCCGCGCAGGAAUUGAAUUUCCCUCGGUGGGCACCGGGGUAUCAAGCCCUGCAUCGCGGGAACCAUCAUGAGGAGAUUAUGGUCGCAUUUGACCGCGACGGCAGACAGGUUGGGUGGACUUUUAUCCUGUCGCCGGGCAAGACGAGGUUGUGGGAUGGGUUUGCAUUCGUGCCGGUUGUUGGAGGCGAAGACGGGGUUAGUGGGAACGGCAGAACGGCGAUGAUUUCUGCGGUGGGCGUCAGCAAGGAUGUCAGAGGGAUGGGGGCUGGGUUGGGGAUGGUAUGUGCUGCGAUGGAAGAGUUUAAGAAGAGAGGCGGCAUCGAUGGCGUCUUUGUGGACCAGGUGGUGCUGGACAAUUUCUAUGAGAAGGUUGGGGAGACGCAGCCCAAGAUGUUGUCAAACAAAACCAUGAGCCUGGUACCGGGCCUGGUCAAGCAAGGACCCUUCAUGCGUGCGUUCCUGGCGGCUUCGGCAAUUGCCCGCCGCCAGGUUGGCGCAUCCCGAGGACUGACGACUUCUUCGCGUCGAUAUGCGAGCCUGCAACACAACAGCAAGCAAACCCUCUCCGUCCUCGAACAACAACGCCUCCGCCGCCCCGUCGCGCCGCAUCUCACAAUCUACAAAUGGCGCUACCAAUCCCUGACCUCCAUCCUGCAGCGCUUCUCGGGCAUAUUUCUCUCGGGCGGUUUGUAUCUAUUCGCCGCGGGAUACCUGCUCGCGCCCUUACUUGUUCCGCAGACGGCCAUCGCGCAUCUGUUUGACAUAAAUACCAUUGCGGCGUUCGUGGGCGCGUGGCCCGUGUGGGCAAAAGUGUCGGCAAAGUUUACGCUCGUUUGGCCGUUUACGUUCCACGCUUUCAACGGUGUGAAGCAGCUGGUUUUUGAUGCUGGGCGUGGGCUGACAAGUAGGCCUGGCAUUGUGAAGGCGUCGAGGGCUGUGGCGGCGGUGAGUUUUGUGAGUGCUUUGGCGUUGGCGUUCAUCUAA